AUCUCAACCCAAUUGAAUGCUUGAAAAGCAGGGGAUUUUUAUUACCCUCUUCUGAAUUUAUAGUUGGAAUCGUUCGCAGUCGUUCAUUGCUUCGAUACCUUAAAGCCAGGUGGACAACAAGCAACUCGCUGCAAAGCACCUUGCCAGGCAUCCAGAGCAGAAGAUGAACGGAAUGAAUGGCCAUGGUCCAGAUAUUUCAGGCUUCAGCCAUGCAAAGGGCCAGUACUUUCUCCGUGAGGCUUUCAAAGUCAUCUUUGAGGAGACUAUUUGUAAAAGCACUGAUGUGAAUGAGAAGGUGUGUGAUUGGCAGGAUCCUGAGCAACUGGAGCAGCUGCUGGAUUUGGAGCUGAGAGAUAGUGGAGAGUCACAUGACCAGCUGCUAUCAAGAGUGCACGAUGUUGCCAAAUACAGCGUGAAAACCAACCAUCCACGGUUCUUUAACCAGCUAUUUUCUGGAAUUGACUACCAUGCCCUGGCUGGUCGACUUCUUACAGAGACUCUUAAUACCAGCCAAUACACAUACGAGGUGGCGCCAGUGUUUGUUCUGAUGGAGGAUGUGGUUCUCACCAAACUGCGCUCAAUGGUGGGCUGGCUCAGUGGGGAUGGUAUCUUUUGUCCAGGUGGCUCUAUAUCCAACAUCUUUGGCAUGAACGUGGCACGUUACCAUGCCUUCCCUGAAGUGAAACGGCAAGGACUGUGGGCUCUGCCACGACUUGCUGUCUUCACCUCCCAAGACAGUCAUUAUUCGGUAAAGAAGGCAGCCUCCUUCCUUGGCAUUGGGACUGACAAUGUUUUUCUUGUGAAGACAGAUCAGAGUGGUUCCAUGGACCCAGAGGACCUUGAAGGAAAAAUAAAGCUUGCCAGAUCACAGGGGGCAGUCCCUUUCUAUGUCAAUGCCACAUCAGGCACCACUGUACGUGGAGCUUUUGAUCCCCUGGACAGUAUUGCUGAUAUCUGUGAAAAGAAUGGCUUGUGGAUGCAUGUGGAUGCUGCUUGGGGUGGUAGUGUGCUCUUUUCUAAAAAACACAGACAUCUUCUGAAAGGAAUUGAAAGAGCCAACUCAGUGACUUGGAACCCCCAUAAAAUGCUGAGCACAGGUCUGCAGUGCUCUGUGUUCCUUGUUAGGGACACUACGAACCUGCUUCAGAAGUGUCACAGUGCCAGUGCCACAUACCUGUUUCAACAAGACAAGUUCUAUGACAUGAGCUUGGACACAGGGGACAAGACCAUCCAGUGUGGCCGAAAGGUGGACUGCCUGAAAUUAUGGCUGAUGUGGAAAGCGGUUGGCACCAAGGGCCUCACAGAAAGAGUAGACAAAGCCUUUGCCCUGACAAGGUACCUUGCUGAGGAGAUAGAAAAAAGGGAGGGGUUUCAGCUGUUGUACAAGCCACAGUUUGUGAAUACGUGCUUCUGGUACAUACCACCCAGUCUAAGGGGGAAGGAGAACAGUGCAGAUUACAAAGACAGACUGUCACAGGUGGCCCCAGCCAUAAAGGAACGAAUGAUAAAACAAGGAACGAUGAUGGUGGGCUAUCAACCACUGAACGGACAGGUUAACUUCUUCCGCAUGAUUGUCAUCUCGCCGCACAUCUCUCAAAGAGACAUGGAUUUUUGUCUUGAUGAAAUAGAGAGGCUUGGAAAAGAUCUGUAACAGGGGUGUUUAAAGCUCCACAUUAGCAACCCACAUAGUUGAUUGCACCUUGGUUUUCUUUGUUCUUGUCUUAACAUGGCUGAAAAUCAAAAGAGGCAAACUUGGAAGAAACUUAUUGUAAGCCUAUGUUGCCAUUACAAGUAGCCUCAAUUAUGCUUUUUUUAUUCACUUAUGAAAAGGCGAUAUGAGAAAAUGCUGAAACAAUGUAUGUUGCCACAACUGAGGAACAAUAACAAUGAAAGAUGACUUUCUGAGUUUCUGAAAUGAGCAGUGUUAAAAGAGGGGAAGAAACUAAUUUCAACUAUAAAAAUAUGGGUAAAUAAAGUAACUAUUUCAGGCUC